AUGUUCUACAUCACAUUCUCCUGCACAUUCUCCUGCACGUUCUACAUCACAUUCUCCUGCACAUUCUCCUGCACGUUCUACAUCACAUUCUGCUGCACAUUCUCCUGCACGUUCUACAACACAUUCUCCUGCACAUUCUCCUGCACGUUCUACAUCACAUUCUCCUGCACAUUCUCCUGCACAUUCUCCUGCACGUUCUACAGCACAUUCUGCUGCACAUUCUCCUGCACAUUCUCCUUCACAUUCUCCUGCACAUUCUCCUGCAUGUUCUACAUCACAUUCUCCUGCACAUUCUCCUGCACGUUCUACAUCACAUUCUCCUGCACAUUCUCCUGCACGUUCUACAUCACAUUCUGCUGCACAUUCUCCUGCACGUUCUACAACACAUUCUCCUGCACAUUCUCCUGCACGUUCUACAUCACAUUAUCCUGCACAUUCUCCUGCACAUUCUCCUGCACGUUCUACAGCACAUUCUACUGCACAUUCUCCUGCACAUUCUACAUCACAUUCUGCUGCACAUUCUCCUGCACAUUCACCUGCACAUUCUCCUGCACGUUCUACACCACAUUCUACUGCACUUUAUGCUGCACUUUCUACUGCACGUUCUACAUACCAUUCUGCUGCACAUUCUGCUGCACAUUCUACUGCACUUUCUACAUCACAUUCUGCUGCACAUUCUUCUGCACGUUCUACUGCACAUUAUACAUCACAUUCUGCUGCACAUUCUACUGCACAUUCUACAUCACAUUCUGCUGCACAUUGUGCUUCACAUUCUACUGCACAUUCUACAUAACAUUCUCCUGCACGUUCUACAUCACAUUCUGCUGCACAUCCUGCUGCACUUUCUACUGCAUAGCCGCGUGGCUGCCGGCUGAGCUGGGCGCCUGA